UGUUGGAUUGGCCCUUGGGAAUCCUUCGGAUGACCCGGACGAGGUUGUCGUGGUCGCGAUUCAUCCUCAGUCACCUGCUGCUGAGUGUGGUUUGAUCUCCCCCGGAGACAAGCUGAUCGCAGUUGGAGGAACCCAAUGCUUGCAUUUAGACUUCGACGUGAUCGGGAGUUUAAUCAGCGGCGAACCUGAAAGUCUCGUCAGCCUCACUCUAUGCAACGACAAGGCUGGAUCGUACUCUGUGAGCUUGAAGCGACGGAUCUUGAGGGAGCAAACGCCGAGACUGGAGGCAGCGGGGAAGAUGGGAGGUGUCAAGGAGGCGGAGACGAGCGACAGAUCUCUCAAUGGGAAGGAGGAGGAGGAAGCAGAAAGAAAAAAGCCUCCCUCGCAGGGGGGGAUCGGGUUAGCGAUCGCACUAACCUCCGACAACAAGAUCGUGGUUGCAGACGUCAAGCCCGAUUCCUCGGCAGGACGAGCAGACCCGCCGAUCAAAGUCGGAGACGAGAUCUUGAAGAUCGGAGGGGUUGAUAUUGGGACGUCAUUGAGUCUUGUCUACCGACUGAUUGCAGACAAGGAGGACAGCUUCGUGACCUUCAACAACAGGAGAGCUUCCGAUGGCUCCUUGUACAAGGUCAAGGUUUUCUCAUGGAAGAGGAAGUGAGUUUUUCCUGCCUGUCUCCUCUGACCGGUAAAACACACCUUCACC